CUGUGUUUAGAAGCGAUCGGGCAAGUUCGUCAGAAAUGUGUGAGCACCAUCUUCUUAGUUCUGGGUAUGUUGCUCCCCUUUUGAAUGUUCACUCUCCAGACUCGCUGUACCUCCAAAACUUACGAGGCACUGGAGUCCAUCUAUCUGGGCUCCCGCAGAUGUCCUAUGGUAAAAGAGAGGUGUGCUCGCUCCCGUGGAGUUCUCAAAGUUCGUGCACUACUCCGGCCCACAGUCGCGCCUACAGUGGCUACUCUCAGCCGUUCUUUAGCAGUUCAGCCGCUGUGAGCGCAAGCCUCAACACUCACAAGAAGAGCUCACUGGAGGAAUCCGGGAGGUACUACUUCCAAGAUGUCAGCCACAAAUCAGAGGAGCCUGGACGACCUAAUGCAGCUUACGCAAGUGACCAAAGAAUCACUGGCUCUGCCAGCAAUGACGUUUCAAACUCGGAAAGGCGACAGCAGAACAGGCUUGCACAGAAUGAACUGAACUUCAGUGACCAGCCAGUGACUGAUGGGUCAAAGCAGUCUGUCGGCUCCAACGCUCAAUUUCAACCAUCAAUAAACAGCCAGACCAUCAGAUCAGCCUUCUCCGAUGGAUUGCCAUGGUGUGCCUCACAGGCUAGAUCAAGAAAAAAGAGAAAACCUUACACGAAGCCACAGUUAGCCGAACUGGAGAACGAAUUUAUGAUUAAUGAAUUUAUAAACCGACAGAAACGAAAGGAGCUUUCCGACAGAUUGGAACUGAGUGAUCAGCAAGUGAAAAUCUGGUUUCAGAACCGCAGGAUGAAGAAAAAAAGACUUAUGAUGCGCGAGCAUACCUUCACUGUUUACUGAUUUUAUUAUUGUUAUUAUUAUUAUUUACAAUCUAGGGUUUGUUUUUCAUGUGAUGACAUCAUUCAUACAUCUUUUAAACAUAUAACAGACUGUUCUUAUGGAGAUCCAAAUCCACCAAACCCUUCUAUCUGAAAACGGUUCCCAGACAGGAACAUAGUGUUGGCCCAGAUCCGGCCCAUAUUUGGCCCACGUGAAAUCCAUGAUCUCCCGACCACUUAUAAAAUGUCAUUUAAUAUUGAAGCUGAAUAUUUUGAAUAUAUAUUUGCCAAAAACUCGCAGCAUUUGUAUGUCGUGUGUGUGUGUGUGUGUGAAAAAAUAACAAUAAAAAUAAAAAGUAAAUGUAAUUCCAAAGUUGUAAUGUUAACAAUGUUAAAAGGUUUGCUUUGUAGUUUAGAACUACAGCAAAUUUGGAGUAUAUUGGAUUCAUAACAAAAUCUGUCAUCAUGUAUGGGCAGCUGAUAUAGCUACAUUAAUGGAGGCGUGAAAUUGUCAGACGUUCCAACCAUUCUAAUAGGCUACUUUUGAUAAAACCUCAUUUGUAUCUUCCGAUCUGAAAACACAAGUUGUAUUUUAUCAAAAAGUGUUAUGUGUAAUAUUUAUUAAGUGUUGUGUAAAUUAUGUAUUAUAUUAAACUUCUGUGUGCGAUAAUUGUAUGAAUCCGUGGUGAUUCAAAAUGCUCCAAUAAAAGCAGUGGGCCCUCUA